GCCGCCACUGUGGCUUGACUAUAAAGUUUCCUCCCCUUUUCUAACCGUCAUUUGUUUCUAAACUGCAAGGAGGGAGUUAAAGAAGGUACUAGGACACCACUGGAUUAGGAGCAAUGAGUGUAGCUGUUUUGUGCUCAUUUUGGAUUAUUCAGCACUGUGCGUGACCGUUUACUAUGGAUUACUAGGUGUUUGCUGUCCGGUGGAAGUUCACACGUUAGUUAUACUUUAAAUAGGUUUCAGCAUGAAGAGAAAGGUAGCGCGUGUAAGUAAAGUCCGUCUGAGUCCAAAUGAAGAAGCAAUACUUGUGAAAAAUGAAUACGAAAGGAGACGAAAACUGAGGCUUCAACAGGUAAGAGAACAGGAGCGAAAUAUUGCUUUGCAAAUCCGACAAGAAGUAAAGCAGAGGAAAGAGGAGCAGCUGCAAAAGUUAGCAGAGCAGUUGAAGGCGGAAUGGUUGUCUGCACAAGCACAGAAAGCUGCACUUCUAGAAAAGAUGUACGUUUCCAGCCUAGAAGCUGUUGGAGAGGGACACAGGCAAGCUAAAGAAAACGAACCCGAUUUGAAAUCUUUGGCUGAAAAAGUUGCAGUCUACAAACAGAGAGCAGUGGUGAGACACAGAGAUGCCCUGAGAGAAUUGAAAUUUCAAAAGGACAAAGAAAAGGAAGAGCAAACAAGAUACAUCCUAGCUCGCAAGCAUGCUUUACUUGUGGAGAAGGAGCGAGCAUCGAAAAUUGCCAGUUUGCCACCACCUUCCCCAGAUCCUAUUGAUAUUGCCUCCCUUCUGGAGUACUAUUCCCCAGAUGAGGAAUCGAUUGAAGGGGACUCCUCACCAGAGGUUAUCGCCUUUGGGGAAACAAUUACUAAGAUGAAAGAAUACUUCAAAUGGGACACUUCCCAGAUGACUGACAUCCAGAGGAAGUACUUUGAACUUUUUCAAGUGGAAUCGCCCUCCCCGUCAGCCAUCCCACGUGUCUUACCUGCCUAUCUGGAUGCCUUCACCUCUGUAUCCCAGAAUCCAGAUUCUCAACCACCUGCUCCUAAGAGACAGGACAGGUUCUACAAAGUGCCUGAUGGCCAAAAAUUCAUAGUUAAGCCUCCCCAACAGACCCUGCAGUAA